CCAUCUCCCUCAGCACGACAUUGAACAGGAGGACCCCAGGGGGCGCACCCCACUGGAGCUGGCGGUGUCCCUGGGGAACCUGGAGUCUGUGAGAGUCCUCCUUCGACACAAUGCCAACGUGGGCAAAGAGAGCUGCCAGGGCUGGGCAGUCCUGCAGGAGGCGGUCAGCACCGGGGACCCUGAGCUGGUGCAGCUGGUGCUGCAGUACCGAGACUACCAGAGGGCCAUGCAGAGGCUGGCCGGCAUCCCGGAACUGCUGGACAAGCUCCGUCAGGCCCCCGAUUUCUACGUGGAGAUGAAGUGGGAGUUCACCAGCUGGGUGCCCCUCGUGUCCAAGAUGUGCCCGAGUGACGUGUACCGGGUGUGGAAGCGGGGCGAGAGCCUGCGGGUGGACACCAGCCUCCUGGGCUUUGAGCACAUGACCUGGCAGCGUGGCCGGCGGAGCUUCAUCUUCAAGGGCCAGGAGGAGGGCGCCCUGGUGAUGGAGGUGGACCACGACCGGCAGGUGGUGCACACCGAGACGCUGGGGCUCGCCCUGCACGAGCCGGAAGCGCUGCUGGCCGCCCUGCGGCCCAGCGAGGAGCACGUGGCCAGCCGCCUCACCUCCCCCAUCGUCUCCACCCACCUGGACACCCGCAAUGUCGCCUUCGAGAGGAACAAAUGUGGUAUCUGGGGCUGGCGGUCUGAGAAGAUGGAAACCGUUAGCGGCUACGAGGCCAAGGUGUACAGUGCCACCAACGUGGAGCUGGUGACACGCACGCGCACAGAGCACCUCUCUGAUCAGGACAAGUCGAGGAGCAAAGGGGGAAAGACCCCGUUCCAGUCCUUCCUUGGGAUGGCUCAGCAGCACUCCUCCCACAGCGGGGCCCCCGCGCAGCAGGCCGCCAGCCCCACCAACCCCACGGCCAUCUCCCCCGACGAGUACUUCGACCCCAACUUCAGCCUGGAGUCCCGGAACAUCGGCCGCCCCAUCGAGAUGUCCAGUAAAGUGCAGAGGUUCAAGGCGACGCUGUGGCUGAGCGAGGAGCACCCGCUGUCACUGGGCGACCAGGUGACGCCCAUCAUCGACCUGAUGGCCAUCAGCAACGCCCACUUCGCCAAGCUGCGGGACUUCAUCACCCUGCGCCUCCCGCCCGGCUUCCCGGUCAAGAUCGAGAUCCCCCUUUUCCAUGUGCUCAACGCCCGCAUCACCUUCGGCAACCUGUGCGGCUGUGACGAGCCCCUGAGCUCGGUGUGGGUGCCGGGCCCCGGCUCUGCCGGCACAGCCGCCGGGGGGAGCCCCUUCCCGUGCGAGGUGGACCCCGCGGUGUUCGAGGUGCCCGAGGGGUACAGCGUGCUGGGAGCGGAGCGCAGCGAGCCCCUUCGGGACGAGGACGACGACCUGCUGCAGUUUGCCAUCCAGCAGAGCCUGCUGGAGGCGGGCACCGAGGCCGAGCAGGUGGGUGCCGGGCGGGAGCCGCCGCCUGUGGGUCCUGUCCUCCGACCCGCGCCUGGCUCAUCACUGGCUCUCCCCUCUCACGCUGUGCCUGGAAGGGCCCUCCAGGAAAGCCUGCGGAUAUCCGCAGAGCCUGGGGGCCCGGGAUCCCCUCAGAGCGCCCCCCCGGCGCCCGCCCCGGCCCAGCCAAGCUUUGAGGAGCAGCUUCGCCUGGCCCUGGAGUUGUCUUCGCGGGAACAGGAGGAGCAGGAGCGGAGGGGGCAGCAGGAAGAGGAGGACUUGCAGCGGAUCCUGCGGCUGUCGCUCACGGAGCACUGAGGGGCCCCGCGGGGCUGGGGGCCCUGUACCCACUUUUGUGACUUAUUUAUAAACUGACUGCUGGGCUUGGGGCCUGGAGCUCUGGGGGGCUUAUAUCGAAGACAAGAUGGCAAUAAAGAGACCUUCA